GUCCUCACUCCCUCUGCCUUGUCAGUUUGACAAUAACUUACUCCCUGACGGCGCUCGGCCGGAUUCUGCCGACCAAAAAGCAGAUGAAGUGCAGGAUAAGAGCGGCGCCGACGCAGUUCCCAGGUUCCGAGCUGCAUAAUCAACAAGAACUCAAGAGCACCACCUUUUGGUGAAAAGCAAAACAUCUACAUGGUUUUUACUGUAUAUCAAAUUCAUGUAACCCUUUAAUUUGCUGAGGAAGCGGUGCCUUUUUUUGCAUCUAUUUUGAUCCCAGAAAUUUUUACUGGCCCCCUGCCAGUGCCAAACAUGACUCUUUAGCCACCGAGUCCAAGAGGGUUGACAGAAACAAACCGCCGGGAUGACGGCUUCAAGUUCUCUUUCUCCAGAAAACUUCUCCACCUCCCUCAGUCCCUCGCCUGGCUGCUCAGUGCCGCUCUGCAGCUGCCCAAACAAAUCAGUCAUUGUGGAUCAUUACAACUACACUGGCAAGCUGAAGGACGACCGCUGCCAUGUCGGGCUGAAACCUGAGAGCAUCGCAUUGUUGGUGCUGUGUGGUAUCAUCAUCCUGGAGAAUGCUGUGGUUCUCAUCGCUAUUUGGAGGAACAAGAAGUUCCAUCUACCCAUGUAUUACCUUCUGGGAAACUUGACUCUGUCCGACCUUCUGGCUGGGAUUGCUUAUAUAGCUAACAUUCUCAUGUCUGGACCUCACACCUUAAAACUGACGCCUUUGCUCUGGUUCCUCAGGGAAGGGGGAGUCUUCAUCACAUUGGCCGCCUCUGUUAUUUGUUUGCUGGCGAUUGCAAUCGAACGGCAUUUCACUAUGAUGGCCAUGCGUCCGUACCACGGGGCCAAGCGGGGACGGAUGGUGGCACUUAUCAUAGCAAGUUGGGCCCUGGCAGGUUUUCUGGGGGUGCUUCCCAUUUUGGGAUGGAACUGCAUUGGAAAGUUGGACCAAUGUUCAACAGUGUUCCCACUUUAUGACAAAAGCUACAUCCUAUUCUGCGUCUCCGUGUUCAGUGCAGUGCUUUUGGCCAUUGUGGUUCUUUAUGCCAGAGUUUUUCACAUUGUGCGCACCAACACACAGCGCCAGAGGCAGGGCCUGACAGGACCCACGAGAAGAAGUUUAUCAAGAAAGUCUAAGAAGUACAUAGCCCUGCUAAAGACAGUGACUAUUGUUCUGGGUGUCUUCAUCGCUUGCUGGAUGCCUCUGUUUGUCCUCUUCCUCUUAGACUUUUUUUGUUCCAGUGGCAAGUGCGAACUACUAUACAAAGCCGACUACUUCCUCGGGCUAGCCAUGAUCAACUCACUCCUCAACCCCAUCAUCUACACUCUGACCAGUAGAGACAUGAGAGUAGCCAUUCUGAGGCUGCUGUGUCUGCCAUGUCUGAUUGCCACAGGCGGACAGAUCAACAGGUUUGGGACGUUCCUGGAGUACAGUUUCAGCAGGAGUGAAGUGGGCUCUCAGAGGUUGGACGUGGGGCAGGAGUCGAUCAUUUCCACUGGAAACAUAAUCAACACUUCAUCUCCAAUUAAAUCUAUAUAUCCCAAGCUCUUCAAGUCAUAGACUCUGGCAACAAUGGUAUUUUGGGGUAUUUAGUAAAGCCAAAAAGUUAAGAAGUAUGAUAGAGGUGCAGCUGAAUCAUGCUUUGACAAAUGCUUCACAUUUUACAAAUAAAAAAUAAAUGUGCGAACAGCAACAAUACCAUGAACUAGCUUUUUUAGGUAAGAAAAAAAGGGCCACAGUAUUCUGGUCAAAAUGUGAACUAAACAUGACUUCUUGUCCUGAUGGUGUGGAACAGGUAAGAAAAUAGGUCAACCUGUAUCAUCCACAUCUUCAAGUUGAAUGGUCUGCUACUCCUGCUCUGAUAAAAUCCUCAGCACCAUAACUGCUUUUGUUUGUGUACGUGGUGCAGUGGAGCUUUGCAGAGAAAGACUCUGAAAAGAGGGAGUUUUAUUUUAAGAACACAUGAAGAUUGUUGUAGUUUUACUGUGGGAGGGAUGAAAGUUUCUCUAAUUCUCUUGAUUUAGUUGAAAGUGAACCAACCAGACAAAGCAAAAGUCUUUCUAUUUUCUGUUGGUCUGGCAUUUUCUGUCCAGUUGCAUUAAAAUGUCAACACAUCCGAGAUGUGGCCAAAAAAAAAAGAUUUUUGAAUGUUAUAUGGUAAUACUUAGACUGUGACUGAAACCACUCAGUUAUGAAAACACAGUUCGGAAUUUUUAUCUUGUGAAUAAAGUUUCAUUUAUUAGCUGCGGCGGGUGUUUAAAGGAUAAGAAUUUAUCUGCACUUGUAACUUAUUUUAUGGGAAUUCAAGAAAACUUCAGGGCUGUAACUACAAUACUUCUUUCUGUCAAUCAUCACAAACGUUUCCAUUUUUCUUGAGAUAUCUGCGGCUGAAAUACAGUCGAAGUGGAUGAAUGUGACAGUUUUCUAUUUUGUGCUGAACUUAAUGUAGCGACAAAUUUUUCAUUACUGAAAAAUAUGUUUUUUUAUAACACUUGUAAUGUGAAUUGUAUUUUGUUACCUUCCUUUUCAUUCAAAUAAUAAAAUAUUUUCUUAGGCGAACCAUCA